AUGUGUUGUCGCGGUGGAGGACAAAGCCACAUAAAUUCGCUCGAGCAUCUUGGCACCAACACCUGCCAUCCUGGAAUGUGUCUAUUCACGGGCGGGACAGCAAGCUACAGGGAUGGCAACAGCAACAAGACAGCGCCCCGGCAACGAAUGCACGGCUGGCGACAGAUAUACUGUACCCGCGGGUGGCCGGUCGCGAUAGUGCCCUCCAAUAUUGACCCCUCGCUUUCGUGGAAACGUGAAGCUUUCGAUGGGCUCAUUCCGAGGAUCAUACCCAGCGAAAGAGAGUGUUUACUUGAGUUGGCAAACUGCCAUAGUGUUGAGCUCUGGCCUGUCGUCGAGGGCAUUGCGCUGACAAAUGCAUUUGGUGUGGAACUAGGGGUCACGGAGCAGGAGUAUGGUGGAAUCUUCCCCCAUGUUAGCUGUGCAAAUCAUUGUUGCGGACUGAAUACUGCUAUAAAAUGGGACCCUGCAACAUUCUCAGUGUCGAUGUACUCUCUCCGUGAUGUCCAAGCCGGAGAGGAAAUCCACAACCAGUAUAUUGAUGUUCUCGCCCUCGCGCCAAACGACGGGCCCAGCUCGCCCAAUACGACUUUCGAUGCCGCCAGGGCUGAGCUGCGCGACUGGCGCAACACACACACACAAGAUUCGAGCCUUGGGCAGAGGGAUAUGUGUCGUUCGGAUGACGUCGUUAUCGAGUCGAGUCUGCGGGCGCUGGAGCUCGUCAGACAAGAGGGCUUAUGGGGAAUGCAGGUUCCGUUUAUGGAGGACCUCGCAUUGAGCUACGCGGUCCUUGGUGAUGAAGAGCGGUUCCGAGUGUGGGCGGAGAAGGAGAUGGGGAUGGCAGACGAAACAGAGGAAACUACUUGA